AUGGACAACCUGACAUUCAGAUACAGUGUGCUACUGGUGGAGGAACUGCAACUAACACCUCAGUCAAGCUUUCCAGCAUUUAUCCUUCUUUUGAUUGUUUACAUAUUUAUAAUAGUAUCUAACAUUGGGAUGAUGAUUCAGAUCUCAGCAGAAAAAAGUUUACACCAGCCUAUGUAUGUUCUUUUCUGCAACUUGACACUGAAUGAUGUAUUGGGGACAACUGCUCUUGUGCCACGUUUGUUGAAGGAUUUUUUAACAAACCCUUCUGAGCACUACAUCACAUAUGUGGAAUGUGUUAUUCAAGCUUAUUUUGUACAUUUGAAUGGUACAGCAUCUCACACUGUGAUAAUAAUCAUGGCCUUUGACAGGUAUGUUGCCAUAUGCAAUCCACUGCGAUACCCAACUAUAAUGAGCAAUAAUAUGGUGGUUAAACUGUCAGCAGGAGCCUGGGGUGCUGCAGUAGUGCUGGUGGGAAUUCUGAUCGGCCUCAGUGUGCGUCUCUCUCACUGCAGAUCUGUGAUUCAAAACCCCUUUUGUGAUAAUGCUUCAAUAUAUAAACUGUCUUGUGAAAAUACAGUGAUUAAUAAUGUAUAUGGAUUAACUUUUACUGUAGUUUUAUUUGCCUCCUCAAUAGGUAGUGUUGCAUUAACAUACCUCAAAAUAGCGAUGAUCUGCUUUAAAAGCAAAAACAAAGCAACCAACAGUAAAGCCAUUAAAACCUGCAGCACUCACUUGACUGUUUAUAUAAUCAUGCUGGUCUCUGGAUCUGUCGGGAUUUUUCUCCAUCGUUUCCCUGUAUAUGCUGAAACUAGGAAAACAUCUAUUACAAUGUUCCAUGUUAUUCCACCAGUCUUGAAUCCUAUAAUAUAUGGUUUACAAACCAAGGAAAUUAGACAACGCAUCUUUAAUUUUUUUAGAAAUAAAGUCAAUACAAAGUGAUUUCAUUUAUUUAUUCAUGUCCAUAAAAUAACUCUACUCCACAGUUAGCAUUUAUGGUAAAUAUAUUUCAACAGAAAAAAAAUAAAAAAUACUGUAAUUCACAUACAGAUGUUAUCACAUAAGUAGCAGCUAAUGUAAGCUUGGAUUAUGUAUUAGAGAAGAGGCAUUAAUAAAUAAAAAAAAAAAAGUAUCCAGUAUAAAUUAGUUAAAUGAGAGUUAAUGAGAGUUACUGUCACGUUCGCACCACAUGGACUUUCAGUUUGUUUGUUUUCAUUAGUCACAUGUGCUCCUUUGUUCUGUUUUCCUACCACAAUCAGUCACCAUGGACACUGCACUAAUUAUCACAGCUGUUUGUCAUUUUAGUUAAUCAUCUAUGUGUAUAAGUUCAGUUCUGUUGGUGUGUCUUUGUCCGGUCUCGUUUCAGUUAAGUGUGCUUGUACCUGUACCUGUUUGGAUUAUAGUAAACCUUAUAUUGGAACUUUAUUUGUCUCUGUCUUCAUCUG